AUGCUAAUCAAAUCUUUUAUCGCCUGCUCCAUCCUUUGUAUCGUUACAGCAAAGCCAACAUCAACCCGUGAAGCCACCGAGUUGGCCCUCGACGAGAAGGGAAAUUCGAAAUUCACGUCCGAAGACGAGCCAACGCACGAUAGCCAGGAUAAUGCUUCGGGAGCUGAGCCGGGCGUCUCGCCCGGAUUGGCCGGAAAUUUGGCCGUUCCGACGACGCUGCAGCUCUCUACCUCACAGUUCGGACAAUCCGGCCCCGAUCCGCUAGCCCCGAAGUUCAACAGCCGAGGCGCUGGGAAAUACAUGGUUUUCGCAUUCCAGCAGGUUAACCCGGUGCAGCAGGCUCCGAUUGUCGGGAUUCCGUUGAGCACCAUUCAACACUACUACAACCCGCAUGUUGGGCGAUCGGUUAGCGAGCCGGCCACCCCAGAGCCGAUCCCCACCUUUGACGCAACCGCCUACUACCCUCUAGUCUGGAAGUUCCCCUUCUCGAACAUUCAACUCCCCGCCUACACUACCACUGGCCACUACGCGUACACCGCGAACCUGGUGAAAUACUACGGGACGCUGCCUUCGCAGACGUCCGAGAAAGUCCAGGAGGCCAACGACGCCAGCCGGCGUGCA